UGAUUUGUUAUCGAGAUGUGCAGGCGAUUCACUUUCUCUUUUUUUUGUCUUCCCCAUUAUGUUCAGAAAUCUCCCAGGACUGGGCUGAACUCUGCAUUGCUGUUACAGAAGAGACAUCUGGGUCUGCUGCCCCCAAGCUCCUAUUCAAGACUGAUCCAUGAAUUGAAAGUCAGCGGGAUGCAACGUCACAGACUGGAGGUGCAGAGCUCCAAUUCCACCAGUCCAAACACUGACAACUUCCAUCUCAUUGUUGCAGAUUCAGCCUGUGAGCGGGUUUUUACAGUGAACGACGUGUCACAUGGAGGAUGCAAGUAUGGCAUUAUGAAUUUCCAUGGUUGUAGAAAAGGCUCUCUGUCGGUGGAGAUGUGCGAUAACCUUUAUUUCACAAACCGCAAGGUGAACUCUGUAUGCUGGGCCUCUGUGACACAUACAGACUCGCAUGUUCUAUUGUGUUUGGUCGGCAUUUCUCAGACGCCUGGCUGUGUAAGCUUAUUACCUGCUUCUCUUUUCAGCAACUUCAAUCCCGAUCAGCCAGGUAUGCUGUGUAGUUUUAAGAUCUCCACAGCUUGGUCAUGUGCAUGGUGCCUCAACCCACAGGCCGAUAAAACAUUCAGCACCGGUCUUUCUCGAAGAGUGAUUGUGACGGAUGCCGUGACUGGACGCAGAGCCACAUACCUGGCUGACAGUGAUGUUCUGGCUCAACAGUUUGCCUUGAGGGCUCCGGUGCUGUUCAACGGCUGUCGUUCAGGAGAGAUCUUCAGCAUUGACCUGCGUCAGAGAGACAGAGGCCGCAUGGGUUUUCACGGGUGGAAGACCAGCCGCUUCUACCAGGAGUCGGCUAUCACCUCUGUCCAGCUGCUGCAAGAUGAGAACUACCUGCUCGCCGCAGACAUGCUGGGCAAGAUAAAGCUGUGGGAUAUCCGUGUUAAGCGGUGUGUCAAACAAUAUGAAGGGCACCACAAUGAAUACGCCUACCUCCCCAUUCACAUCAAUGAGCCUGAAGGAUUGCUGCUUGCUG